AUGGCGCCCCGCAACACGAUCUCCGCGGAUUCCGCCGAGUAUCAGACUCCGUACGGCCGAUCCUUCACCUCCAGCUCGCCCAUUGCUGCGUCAAUCAUUGCCCGUGACCUUGCUCAUUACGCCGACGAAGACUCCAUCACCACCAACGAGACCUCCGAUUCGUCGACCGUACGACCGUCCAGCAGCCAUGCCGGGACCAACCCUCACUCCUUGGCCGGCUCUUAUCGCCGCCCGGGCUACUUCACGACCGUCAAUCAUACCACCGUGAUCCCUUCCAGCGGCGACUACCAGCCCUUGACACAAAGCGAACGGGAACAGGCUAUCGAAGAAGAGCGGCAUCUGUUGAGCGAUAACAAUGUCAUCCCUCCGGAGCACGCCCACGGGCAACCCAAUGGAUUACAACGUAGGCUGAGCAGCCUAUUCUCGACCUCUGCUCAAGAGAGUUCUUCCAAACAGUAUGGGUCGGUCAGGAGCUCCGUUCAAAGCUCGACCGAUGUGGAUGCCGAGACCGGAGUUGUGGCCACCGAGUCCACGGCGUUACUGGGAACUCCCCGGUGCGAUGGAGACCCGAUGGGACCGGAGGAGAUCGAUCGGAAAUGGGAAGAGGCCGUGACAGCUGGGCUGAUCAACACGACUUGGCAACGGGAAGCCCGGGUCAUUGGAAGAUACUCGGCGCCGUUGAUGGCUACCUUCCUGCUGCAAUACUCGUUGACAGUGGCGAGCAUCUUCACCAUCGGCCAUCUGGGCAAGGAGGAGCUCGGAGCCGUCAGUCUGGCCAGUAUGACUGUCAGCAUCACCGGAAACGCCGUUUAUUCAGGUCUGGCCACCAGUUUGGAUACGCUGUGCGCCCAGGCGUACGGAUCCGGCAAGAGGAAGCUUGUCGGCCUGCAGAUGCUGCGCAUGGUGUUUUUCCUGUGGCUGGUGACUAUUCCCAUUGCCAUUCUGUGGUACUUUUCCGAGCAUAUUCUGGCGAAAAUUGUGCCGGAGAGAGAGGUGGCUAGAAUGGCUGGUCUGUAUUUGAAGGUUGCUCUGCUGGGAACACCGGGAUUUGCUUGUUUCGAGAGUGGCAAGCGAUAUCUUCAGGCCCAGGGAGUUUUCUCGGCAUCUUUGUACGUGCUGCUCGUCUGCGCGCCGUUGAAUGCGUUCAUGAAUUGGUUCUUCGUCUGGAAACUCGAGAUGGGCUUCGUCGGUGCACCUAUUGCCGUUGUCAUCACUGAGAAUCUGAUGCCGCUAUGUCUCUUCGUAUAUGCCUACUACUUCGUGGGCUCUGAAUGCUGGAGUGGAUUCACUAGGCGAGCCUUCGAGAACUGGGGUCCCAUGAUCCGCCUCGCCCUGCCGGGUUUGAUCAUGGUGGAAGCCGAGUGUCUGGCAUUUGAGGUGUUGACCUUGGCAUCAAGCUACCUUGGCACCACCGAGCUCGCUGCACAGUCAAUCCUUUCGACCAUCUCAAGUAUCACAUGGCAGAUUCCCUUCCCUUUGUCUAUCGCCGGUAGCACGCGCGUUGCGAACCUGAUUGGCGCCAGUCUUGUCGGCGCUGCGAAGACAUCGGCUAAGGUGAGCUUCUGCGGCGCUACCAUCGUCGGCCUGUUCAACAUGGUUCUGCUCAUGUGUCUGCGAAACUACAUCCCGAUGCUCUUCAGCUCGGAUUCCGAAGUAAUCGAUCUGGUCGCGCAAGUGCUUCCUCUAUGCGCUGCAUUCCAGCUCUUCGAUGCUCUGGCUGCCAACUGUAACGGUAUUCUUCGCGGUCUUGGCCGCCAAGAAAUUGGUGGAUACAUCCAACUAUUCUGCUACUAUGCUAUUGCCAUGCCCAUCAGUAUGGGAACAACGUUUGCAUUGGGCUGGGGUGUGAUGGGUCUGUGGACCGGUGUAGCGCUUGCUCUUCUCCUUGUGUCUGCGGUUGAGUUUAUCUUCAUCGGCCGGAUCAGUUGGGAACGGUCUGUUGAAGAAGCGCGGCUGCGGAAUGAGCUGACCUAA